AUUCCCAUCCCCAUCCCAUCUCCACCUCCCAUCCCAUUCCCACAUCCCAAGUCCUGGCUCAACCUAGCCUUCCCUCUGGAGGGAAGAGAAGGAUGCUCGCGGGCAUCUCCCCGAUGCGACAGGAACGAAGACUCAGAGCCUGUGCUAACCCCGCUCCUCUCCUCCAUCCCUGCAGAAGCCGCUGAUGUCAACGCAACCCUGGGUGGGGGCACAGGCACCAUGGGGCUGAGCGCCCGCUACGGCCCCCAGUUCACCCUGCAGCACGUCCCUGAUUACCGGCAGAACGUCUACAUCCCGGGCAGCACCGCCACGCUGAGCAACGCCGCCGGCAAACGCGACGCCAAACCCUCGGGUGGCAACAAGAAGAAAUCUGGCAAGAAGGAGAAGAAGUAGAAAGGAGACGUCAGAGCGGCCGGGCAGCGCGUGCCAGCACUCCCCAACACCACAGGAGGACGAAUGUGGAUUUGGUUUUUAUUUUUGAUUUCUUGGUGACGCAAAAGUUAUAGGAAGCGCUGCGAAUGUAUUUGUCAUCGUCAGAGCUAGGAGCAGGCUGCCUGCUGUUAGGUCUCAUGAUGAAAAGCAAUCUGGAAAGCUAAAGCUAACACAAACAAGUGCCCUGUGAAUACAGCUAACGUUUUAUACGACCCCUCGGGUGUUAGGAUACACGAGGUCGAAAGGCUUCGGCCAAAUCCUUGGCUUCGAUUUGCUCCCAGAUGGUCUGAGAAAGGCACGAGGCUCUCGCUCAGCUUCGUCCAGUGUAAAUAACUGUAACACCCAUCUGUUAAUUUAUAGAGCUUUGAUCUUCUUCUUCUUUUUUUUUUUGAAAGAAAAAGGAAUUUCCCAGCAUAAAGCCCCGUGCUCCACAUUUUCUGCUCUUUAACAUCGUGAAACUCACCCUGGGUUAUUCGUUAGCGGUGGAUCUGUGGGUAGGGAGUGCUUCAGUUCCUGUUCAGCUGUUAUCCGAAAAAGAAAAGAAAAGAAAAAAAAAAAAGUGUUUGUAUUGCAUGAGUCAAAGGGAACAAUGCAGAGCUGCAUCCUAAACAGUUAUUGUUUUGUUUUGUUGUUUUUUUUUUUCCCCUCAAAGUACAACCAGCCAUGGCCUGAGAGCUCCUGGUGUCUGAGCAGGGGUUCAGCGUGGCCCUGGGGGGGCUCUGAGCAGACACAUCUCGUCCCUGCGUUGCAGUAAAUAUUUAUAUGUACAGUCAGUGUUCUUUUGGAAUUAAAGCUAUGGGGCUGGGAGGGGCUGCUCUGUGCCUCUCCGUGACCCCGCAUGUGCGUCACCUGCGUCACAGCUGCACUUUUGGAACACGCCUCCCCAGCCUCCAGGAUGUCCUCGCAUGGCCAUGCAGCAUAGGGUGAAGGUGCUUUGUAUUUGGGGAGUGGGGGGAGGGGGCGGGGGGUUGUUGGGUACCAAGGAAGUGGCAGUGGGUUUGGUGGCACACGGGGAGCAGGUUUGGGAUGGGGAUUUAUGGGCUGGGGGUCCCUGCAAUGGCAUGAGCCCAGGGAUCAGCUGGGACGAAACAUUGGGGGGUGCUGGCUUUGGGGUUCCCACCUCCCAGAGGGAACAGGAGGACGACGAGUUGGAUUUCUCCAUGCUGUGCCCCUUCCAAGCGGGCUCAGCCCAGAGGAGUGUCCUGGUGGCCUUGGUGGUGCUGCUGGGGACACCUCAAGCUCCCCAUAUCACAGCAUCCGUGCCUCUCCCUCCCCCCAGAAAAGCAGAGAGGGAAUUUGGCACCCGAAGUGGGUGCGGGUGGGGAGAGGUUGGUCCCCCCCAAACCCCCCCCUAAGGGCCACUCAAUUUCACAUAGGAUUUUUUGCUCUUUUUUGAUCACUAACACUUAACUCACCCCUUACACGCACACACAUCCCCCUCCCACACCCCGGGGGGGGCAACACCACGCUCA